AUGACCCCCAGCCUCACGGCCCUGCUCUGCCUCGGGCUGAGUGUGGGUCUGAGGACCCAGGUGCAGGCAGGGACCCUCCCCAAACCCACCAUCUGGGCUGAGCCAGGCUCUGUGAUCCCCUGGGGGAGCCCCGUGACCAUCUGGUGUCAGUGGACCCUGGGGGCCUGGGUGCUCCAUUUGGAUAAAGAGGGAAGCUCAGUUCCCUGGGACAGAUGGCCCUCACUGGAGCCCAGGGACAAGGGCAAGUUCUCCAUCCCAUACAUGACACAGGACUAUGCAGGGAGAUAUCACUGUUACUAUAGAUCAAAGUACCGAGGUGGGCAUUACCAGGCCGAAUUCUCCAUGAGUCCCGUGACCUCAGCGCACAGUGGGACCUACAGGUGCUACAGCUCACUCAGCAGUAACCCCUACCUGCUGUCACACGCCAGUGCCCCCCUGGAGCUCGCGGUCUCAGAAUUCCUACCCUCACACCCCCAAGACUACACAGUGGAGAAUCUCAUCCGGAUGGGCAUGGCCGGCUCAAUCCUGCUGGGCCUCGGGAUUCUGCUCUUUCAGGCUCAACAUGGCUGGCUGUGUCGAACCAUGGCCCCCAGAGACACCACCCUCUUCUGCCUCGUGCUCUGUCUUGGCCAGAAGAUUCAGGCACAGGAUGGGACUCUUUCCAUUCCUACCAUAUCUGCCACGCCCGGUUCUGUGAUUCCCUGGAAUGAGUCUGUGAAGAUCCUGUGCAGCGGAACUCCUGAGUCUUACCUGUACCAACUGGAGAUCCUGGGAAACUCCACAUACAAAGUGGUGGCGAAGAAACUGGGAUUUCAGAAGACAGCUGAGUUUGUCAUUAAACACAUGGAUACAAAUACUGCAGGACGUUAUCAGUGCCGAUACAGAAAACAGUACAGCUGGUCAGUGCACAGUGAAGCCCUGGAGCUGGUAGUGACAGGCUUGUAUGACAAACCCUCCCUCUCCACUGAUGGGUGCCUUGUGGUGAUGCCAGGGGAGAAUGUUUCCCUCCGGUGCAGUUCAGCACACAACUCAUUCAAUAGAUUUUCACUGAGCAAGGAGAGAAGGGAUGUUCUGUCACAGCACCAAAACGGGGGACGCUGGGGUGACUUCAUUCUGGGUCCUGUGAACCUCAGCUUCUCAGGGAUCUACACAUGCUACAGCUGGUACAGUGGCAGCCCUUACGUAUGGUCAGCCCCCAGUGAUGCCCUGGAGCUUGUGGUCACAGAUACCACGAACCAAGAUUACACGACGGAGAACUUGAUUCGAAUGGGCAUGGCAGGGCUGCCCCUGGUGGUUCUCUUGGCCAUUCUGGCUGAAAAUUGGCUUGGCCAUCAGGUUCCACACGAGGAAGACCAGCAAGAACUGCCUGAACUGAGCUGCAGUAGACAGAAAACUCAGACAGAAUGGACCUUUGGACUAACUCCAAAGGGUCACCAGGUAGACACCAGGCACUGA